GGCAGAAAUAACCGCGGCACCCCCGACCCCACACACGGCCGCUUUCUCGCUUGGAUCUCGCAUUCGUUCGUUCAGUUCAGUCGCUCGCUAACAGCCCAGAGACAUGGCCGAGGGACCCAAGAAGUGCGACCUUUGCGGCCUCGGCGCGCACGACCACAACCGCGACAAAAUCCUGCACGAGCAGCCGAUCCUUUGUCCCUGCGAGAAGAAGACUAGUGACAUUACGGAAAGGAGAGAAUUGACUGAUGCGGAAAUUCAUUUGGCCACCAGGUACCCUGAUGGGUCAGUGCGUCUGCGGAACCCGAACAUCGAGCUGAUGGACCAGGACAUUCUGUACCACUUGGCGCUAGGCAGCGGCUCGCACGACCUCGUCGAGAUGUUUGGCGACGUUAAAUUCGUCUGCAUGGGCGGGACGCCGAAGCGGAUGGAGCAGUUCGCCUUCUACAUCAUGGAGCAGAUUGGGCACAAACUGCCAGCGGGCACCACCCUGCAGGACAUCAGCAAGUUCUCGUACCGCUACUCCAUGUACAAAGUGGGACCAGUUUUGUCAAUAAGUCACGGAAUGGGCAUUCCCUCGGUGGGCAUCCUGCUGCACGAAGUGAUCAAGCUGAUGUACCACGCCAAGGUGAAAGACCCAAUUUUCUUCCGGAUUGGAACGUGUGGCGGCAUCGGCCUCGAGGGUGGCACUGUCGUCAUUUCCGAGGAGGCCGUCGACGGUCUCUUGAGACCGUAUUUGGAGCUGCCCGUCCUGGGGAAGUUGGUGCAGCGGACGGCUAAGCUGGACAAGCGGCUGGCGCGCGACCUCAAGUCCAUGGCCGAGCCGUCGCAGCUCUUUGAGACCGUCACUGGCAAGACCAUGUGCACCUACGACUUUUACGAAGGUCAGGGUCGUCUGGACGGCGCCUUCUGCGAGUUCACCGAGCAGGAGAAGCUGGAGUACAUGGAGCAAGUGCACAAGGCCGGUGUGGCCAACAUCGAGAUGGAGUCGCUGUCGUUCGCGGCGCUGACGCACCACGCCGGAAUCAAGUCUGCGGUGGUGUGCGUGGCGCUGCUCGACCGUCUCAAGGGCGACCAGGUGCUGGCGCCGCACGAGGUGCUCGAAGAGUGGCAGGAGCGGCCGCAGAAGCUGGUGGCACGCUACAUCAAGAACUACCUGGCGAUGAAGGGCCGCCUCUCGCUCGACGGCCACAGCGGCUCUGUGCCUGUGCUCAGUCCGCGCCGCUACAAGCUCGUCCAGCAGGAGUCCGAGACCUACGAUUAGACAUUUUCCCUUCACUCUGGCCGGCUCAAGCAUUCCCCAAUCUCUCGAAUAUCCACUGUCGUGCGCGCGCGCGUGUGUGUGCACGGUGACCUUCUCAUUAAAUUUUCUUGCCUAGGGUUAGGGUCAUCGAAAUAGCGCAAGCUUUAUUAUAACCAUAUGUAGCGGGCUUAAAACCGGAUGAGCAGGGCAGUGGGUGCAGUAUUUUUUUUUGUUAAUAAUUUAUUGUGCGAACAAAUUAUUGUUUGUAAAAUUUUAAGGGUUAAAUUGUUCUUUAUUACGGGUUGAUUUCAAAUUAUUUGACGAGUCGUUUUGGGAAACUCUGUUGAGCGAAUAACUGAACCGAUUUUUGUUUACAACUCAUCGAAGGAAAUUUGAAUUCCAGUAAAAAAUCGCAGUAGAAAAUUGGCCUCAAAUUGUAAACGGACGGUGGUGCCAUCUGUUGUCGGCUUUGAACACAAAAGGGUAUUCUCCCAAAAGUGGCAAUUCUGUUAUAGUAAAAUUUUAUUAAAAUAUUUUAAAACAUUUCGCCUUAACGAAAGAGCAGCAGAUUUUUGUUAAUUUUUAUGUUUUGAAUUUAAAAAUUGACAUAUUCUUUUGAUAGAAAAAUGGAAUUUUCAAUCUCUAAUCUGCUAAAACGGAACACUAUCCAUCCCCUGUAUAAAUUAUUUAUAUUUUAUUUGCAUUUUAUUCCUUUUUAUGGUCACGGGGAGGAUUUAAAAAAAUAAAAACACUUGUAUGUAUUAAUGAUUUUAUUACCUUAAUGAAAUCAACCGUGUAAUGCGUUGCAGACUGCCAUAAAAUUAUGGUUAAUAGUAAAAUACUUAUAUCAAAACGGCGAUAUUAACGUUUUUGUUGAAUAAUUGUGAUAUUGCACCUUUUCCAAAACUUUUUGCUCACGUUCACUGCUCUGCGUCAGUUAAAUAUUGCAACCUGGACGGUGAUUGCAUGCGUUAUGGGUUUUAAAAAGUUAUUAUAUCCUCGGUGUAGGUUUUGCAAACGGUAUAGCGAUAUCCUCUGAAUGUAAAAACACGCAGAUUCCUUUUCGACCAAGGCCUAAAACACCGCACACUCAGCAAAAGGAUCUUUUUAAAGUCGUCUCUGCUCACAGGACCUAUACCAAAGCGGCUGUAUAAAAUACGAACUAACUCACUUAGAUGGCACAUUCCUCACUCAGACGAAGAGAAAAAAAGAGAUUCCCGAGCUCUCCAUUUGUAAAUGUGAAAGAAGCCGAGGUGCGCUUACUCAAACAAUAAUUAAUACGCUAAUCGCUGAAUUAUCCGCGGGUGCAGAGGAUUACGAAUUAGUUCAAUAGGAUUUUAAUUUUUUUGGUGCGUGCGUUUAUUUAGAACAAUAGCCCCUGUGGAAAUGUACACUUUCUGAAAAAGGUGUAGUUUCGAGUUGUUGCAGAUGUGUUUUUGAUUGAUAUACACGUACGUUGAAAAAGAAAAUAUUACAAGUGAUUAUUAAAAUUAUAAUAUACACUGGUGACACGCUAUUAUAUCGUUGUUGACGCUUAAAUGUGGCGCCGCGACGAAUGAAAUGCAAUUAUUUUCUAUCUUUUACCGCAAUGUCCGGCUGGUUUUGGACCUUGUUGAGCAUCAUCGAUUUUUGUCGUGUUGAUUAGUUCUAUCGUGAAUUUAGAGACUUGGAAAUCGUGCUAUUGUUGAACUGCUAACUCAGUGGUUAGAAAAUAAACUGUAGAUACCGCUAUCGGAAGUUUGAUUAAAGAGCUCGUCGUUUUCCGAAAAUAUUAAUUAAGUUGCUUUCAAGCCAUUCCACUACGAAGGGACUCAAUUUUCGUUUCAUAAAAUGGCAUUCCCAAAAACAUAUAAAAACAGUAACUCUAAGUGCUCUGAUGGAAAUAAUAUCAAUGUCAGUGUGUUCGUUCUGCGUUUUUAGACAAAUUUAUUGUAGAGCAAUUUACUCAGUCAAUGUUGUUAAAAAUAUCGCAAGCCGCAUCUGAAAUAAAAAUGCAUUUAUCAUCGAAGAGAAAUUACGUCAACGAACUGUACUAAGGUGUUGUUGUUCUUGUUGUUGAGAGAAACGCAAAGUUUAUAACAACUAUACUUAUUGUGAGAAUGAAUAAAAAUUAGAGAAUUUAAUCCAAACAAAA